UUCACAUCCCAUGAAUCAUUCAAUAACCAUUCUUACUACACAAAUGUCAUUUCUUUUGCUUUUAUUUUUAUACGUAACCACAUUCCAUAAAACAAUUUCUACCAAGGUUUCAUGCAAUGAGAAAGAUCGAGAGAUACUGUUAAUCUUCAAAAAAGGAAUCAUUGAUAGUUAUGGUCGGCUUUCAACAUGGGUAACCAAAAAUGACUGUUGUGUUUGGGAAGGGGUCCACUGUGACAACAUUACUCGAAGAGUUACACAACUUGAUCUAUCACCUAAUUUUAAAGAUGAGCAACCUAAAUAUUUAAAAGGUGAGAUCAAUCUUUGUAUUCUAGAACUUGAGUUUCUAAGUCACUUGGAUUUGAGCUCGAAUGACUUCCAUGUGAUAAGCAUUCCAUCCAUUCAAUACAAUAUCACACAUGCAUCUAAACUUUCCUACCUGGACUUAUCUUGGAAUGAUUACAUUCACAUGGAUAAUCUUGAUUGGCUUUCUCCACUUUCUUCUUUGAAAUAUCUCAGCCUUAGUGGAAUUGAUCUUCAAAAGAAUACCAAUUGGCCCCAAGCAAUAGCUACACUUUCUUCACUAUUAGAAUUACACUUGCAAUAUUCUAAUCUUAACAACCUGGUUCUAAACCAAUCUAUUAAAUUUUUGAAUUUUUCUUCAAUCGUAACACUUGAUUUUUCUCACAACAACUUCACCUCUCAUUUACCUAAUGGCUUUUUUAAUCUAACCAAAGAUAUCACCUAUAUUGACUUUUCUUGGAGCAACAUACUAGGUGAGAUACCUUCAAGCUUGCUAAAUCUUCGUAAUUUAAGACACCUUGAUCUCUCUAAUAACCAACUACUAGGAUCAAUUCCCGAAGGAAUAGGCCAACUAGCACAUAUUCAAUUCCUUGAUCUUUCCAUGAACAUGUUAAGUGGUUUCAUUCCUCCAACUCUAGGAAACCUCUCACACAUAUAUUUUUUAUCUAUUGGCUUUAACAAUUUCACAGGUGAAAUAUCAAACAUAAUAUUUUCUAAACUCUCUAGUAUAACUGUUCUAGACUUGAGUAAUUCAAAUGUUGUAUUUCAAUUUGAGUUAGAUUGGGUUCCUCCUUUUCAACUAUACAGUCUUUAUUUGCCACAUACAAAUCAGGGUCCAAACUUUCCAUCUUGGAUAUAUACACAAAAGUCACUUCAAAUUCUUGACUUAUCAAGCUCAGGAAUUUCCUUUGUAAAUAGAAAUAAGUUUUUGAGCAUUAUACAAGGUAUAUAUGAUCUUUAUUUGUCAAACAAUUCAAUAUCCUUAGACAUAUCAAAUCUAACGCUAAUUAAAGGUGGAAAUUUAAAGUUAGAUCACAAUAGUUUUAUCGGAGGACUUCCAAACAUAUCACCAAUGGCCGAAUUAGUUGAUUUGUCUUACAACUCCUUUUCGGGAUCAAUUCCAGAUACUUGGAACAAAUCAAAAAAAUUAAAUUACAUUAACUUGUGGAGUAAUAGGCUAUCAGGUGAAGUUUCAGUGGACCUCUCUAGUUCUCAUUUAUAUUACAUUAACUUAGGAAAAAAUGAAUUUUCUGGAACCAUUCCUGUCAAACUAUCACAAAACUUACAAGUGGUCAUAUUGAGAGCCAACAAAUUUGAAGGGAACAUUCCAACACAGUUAUUCAAUCUUUCUCAUUUGUAUCAUUUGGACCUUGCACAUAAUAAACUUUCAGGUUCUAUGCCAAAGUGUUUAUACAACUUGACUCAUAUGGUUACUUUUAUUGUGGAAACAUGGUGGUCAGAAAUUAUAAUUGAUUUGUUUACAAAAGGUCAAGAUUAUGUGUAUCAAGUUAUGCCAGAUAGGCGAACUAUUGACCUUUCAUCCAAUAGCUUGUCUGGAGAUUUGCCAUCAGAAUUAUUUGAACUUGUUCAAAUUCAAACAUUAAACUUAUCUCACAAUAAUUUUACUGGAACAAUACCGAAGACAGUAGGAGGAAUGAAAAAUAUGGAGUCUCUAGAUCUCUCUAGUAAUAAGCUUUAUGGUGAAAUUCCUCAGAGCAUGAUUCUCUUGAACUUUUUAGAGUAUUUGAAUCUAUCUAACAACAAUUUAAAAGGAAAAAUUCCUGUAGGAACUCAACUUCAAAGUUUUAAUGCAUCGAGCUUCAUUGGGAAUCUAAACUUGUGCGGAGCUCCUCUAAACAAUUGUACCACAGAAGAAGAAAAUCCUAAAACUGCAACACCAUCUAGAGAGAAUAAAGAUGAUGGAUCUAUAAAAGAAUCAUUAUAUCUUGGUAUGGGAGUUGGAUUUGCAGUAGGUUUCUGGGGAAUUUGUGGUUCUUUGUUUCUUAUCAGAAAAUGGAGACACACAUACUUUCAGUUUGUUGAUGGAGUGGGUGACAAGCUCUAUGUAACUUUGAUGCUAAAGUUAAAUAACUUCCAUAGAAAUUGAGCUCAUCCCUAUUAGGUGGACACUUAUUUUGUUUUAGUUUACUGUUUUAUUAUUAGUUUGUUAGAAUAAGACCUAUUCUUUAACAGAAAUAGGAUUUGUUAUCUAUGUUACUACUAUGUAGGCAUGAAAAAGUACUAUUUGUUAUUUCAUUUGUUUGUAAAAUGGUUUAUCUAUUAGUCACUGAUUAAUGGAAUAAACAUCACAUUCCUCUACUUACCUUUUGAAGCUUUGUUAA